CACUGGCAGGGUGAUUCACACGCGACGUGGCAAGCAGCAAACAGAUGAUAUGGAUGCUUUUGCUUGCCGCUUAAAAAUCAGAAAUCGAGAAAUACUAUCACUCAGUUUUUCUAGACAACCAAACGGAAAGAGAAGAAAAUCCACUCGUAUUCUCACUUUAGAGAAACAAAAUCUCAGUUGUUGUUUGCUUGCUUGCUGCCAGAAUGGGAGCAUCGUCUUCUACGGAGCAGAACGUAUCACGUGAACAAAGGGAAGUGGAAAGUCUAGCAGCUUCCACCGGAUCAAUCUCCUUGCUUCAAAAUGCUUUCUCUAAGCUUGCCGAUCCACAAACAAAUGCAAUCCCUCUUCAAUCUCUACAGAAAUGCUUCUCUUUGAAUUAUAAAAACAAAGAAUGUGAAGCACUUAAAAUUCCUGAUUGCCAUUUGGGAUUAUUGGAUCAUUUGGGUCCAUCAAUGGUAGAUCUGUUUUUUGUUACUGAUAAAGGAGGGGUCAAUUGGGUUGAGUUUGUAAGAGGUUAUUUGAAAUGCUGUGGGAGGAUGCCUGUCUCAGCAUUACUUAAGACAUUGUUGAGACUGUUUGCUGCAGCGGGAGUGAAAGCAGGAAUUCCUUUGAAACUGGAGUUUGAAGCUAUUGAUGAUGGUGAUUAUAAGGUAAGUGGGUUGCUGUUACCUAUUGAUGUGCUUAUGUUUCUUUGGAUGUGUUGGACUAUGCUGUGGAAUUCAAGAACUUGGAGAGUUUUGAAAGAGAGAGAGUAUCUAUAUCUUCCGGAUAUUAGUCCUUUGGUGCUAUCAGCAGUUGUUUCUUGUGCUGAGGGUGGCAGUGGAUUGGAAUUGUGGGAUUGUGAUAUUUCAAGUUUAGGUGUACAACUUCCUGCAGGAAAGUUUCUUACAUGGAUGUUGACAACAGUGCCUAACCUCACGGAGUGUUUUACACAAUUUGUCAAUGCAAGACUGCAAAACUUCGCUAUUUCAGAGCAAGAUGUGCUGGAAUCUUCAAACUCAUCAUCAAGAGAAAUCUCUCCAGAAAAGGAGUGCAGCUCCUACCUUCUAACCUGUGGAAGAGCGUGGGGAAUUUCCCUUACUAUCAGGGGUACAAUAAGUGAAGAAAUUUUGAAACCGUACUUUCCUAGUGACGGUGAUGCUAAAGAUGAAAAUCUUCUUUAUCGGUCAUCUCUCCAUGGGAAGGGCUUGAACAGAUUUUGGUCUAACAUUGAAGGUUAUCUUGGUCCGUUGCUCCUUCUAAUUUCUGCUACUGGAGAUGCACAAGAAGAUAACACCAAUAUUAGGAAAUGGAUCAUAUGUGCACUCACGCACCAGGGUUUUGAAAACAGGGAUAUGUUCUAUGGAAAUUCUGGAACCCUAUAUGCUAUAUGUCCAGUCUUUCAUGCAUUCUCACCUUCUGGGAAGGAGAGAAACUUUGUUUACAGCCACUUGCAUCCUACUGGUAGAGUUUAUGAGCCACAUCCAAAGCCCGUGGGCAUUGCAUUUGGGGGAACCAAUGGGAAUGAGAGAGUUUAUAUGGAUGAAGACUUUGCCAAAGCUACCGUGCGUCAUCACGCUAUUGACAAAACAUACCAUCAUGGGCCCCUUUUCCCAAAUCAGGGGUUUCUCCCGGUUGAAGCUUUGAUUUUAGAGGUUGAAGUUUGGGGUCUAGGUGGGAGGAAAGCAAGGGAGAUUCAACUUUCAUAUAAGAAGAGAGAGGACCUUUUCACUGAACAAAGACGCAAGGUUGACUUGAAAACUUUUGCAAGUUGGGAGGACUCACCUGAGAAGAUGAUGAUGGAUAUUAUGGCUGACCCUAACAGAGUUCAAAGGGAAGACCGCUGAAGAAAGUGGACAGGAAGUUUUGAUGGUGGCGAGGUUGUUACAAUCAUGUAGAAGUUAGAUCUGGUACCUAUACUAUUCACAUUUCUUGUUGUAUAAAUGUUGGUUGCACAAAUGGUUAAUAAUGACGUAAUGCAUGAGUGCGGGUUGUGUUCCUGCCAUCUUUGCCUCAAAGCAUCAUUUAGUAACCCAUUAAAAAGUUAUUUGCCAUGAGAAUAUUUAAGGCAGAGUGACAUUGCUAUAAUGUCUUUUUA